AUGUUGUUCUUACUUCUCAAAACACGCUACCGCGCAAGUGUCGUGAAGACAAUUAAAACAGCACAAGAAGUUCCCUUUUACCAUAGCAGGAGGUACUAUGGGAAAACAACUGCUAGCGAAAAGAAUACACACCCUUUAACCAUAUGGGAUUGCGAGCCGCUUUAUCAGAACAUGACGCCGAUCCUUGGAUGGGCGCUCAAGGGAAAUGUAAACAUCGAACGGAUGAGUAACACACUCAAACUGUCGGUUCUUCGUAAAGCUCCGUGGCUGGCCGGGCGCUUGGCAUGGAGGGAUAAACGUGUAAGAAGUCCCAUCCAUUCUUGGUACUAUUUCAUGUUCAUAUAUGCACUUUUCUCAGGCACUGAUAGUCUCCGGCUAAAGUUCAAAAUCGAUAUCCCCGAAGCAUCGCCGCAGCGGUCGGAGCCCUUUAGGGUCACUACUUUCAAAGCACCAGACCGAGCCCUGCACCAGAUUCUUCCCAACUACAUUCCUAGUGGAUCGGCGUCACCUUCUGUUAAACGAUUCGACCCUCGUAAGGUCCCCUGCCUACAGCCUCUAGCAGCCUUCACGAAAACAGCCCACCAGUGUGUAGCCCAGAAUGAGCGGUUGAUGCAUCUUCAUUUUGUGAUCGCCAAAGACCUAACUCUGAUGUGCGUCGCAUGGCAGCACGUCGUACUCGAUGCACCCGCCCUGAGACUGAUAGUGGCCGAGUGGGAAUGCCUUCUCGCGAAGGAAAUUGGCAUGCGCACGCACAAUCCGGAUAACCAGAGACCGGAGAGCGAGGGACUCAAGGGCAGACCUAACUUGGAUGAAUUAAUCAGUACUCUUCAGACAAAUUCCCCCUCCUCCCUUCCAGGAUGGGCGGCCGUCACUCUUUGGAGUGGAUUGAAGUUGAAACUACUCUCCAAAAUUUAUAGUCUUCGUUACCCGCGCACAUUUGGAACGGCGUACUUGCCCCCAAAGCUCGUUACGGGUCUGGUUACGCGCGUAAGGUCAAACGCUGAGCCAGGGGUAGUACUCUCGAGAAAUGACAUCGUUGCCAGCUGGUUUUACAAGGCAACGUGCGGAAUUUAUCAACCAAAAACAUCGACUACCUUAUCUCGAGCUGUGAAUCUGCGUGGCAAGCAUGCUCUCAUCUCUCCGACUGUAUCCGGCAACGUUUUAGGCCUGGCCGUCAUGCCGAGUGUUCAAUCUGGCGCACUUCAGAAUGCAUCACUUGUAGAUCUGGCGCUUACAACUCGCCGUUCUGUAGAGAAGUUCAAAAGUCCAGACUACGUCUCUGAAUUUCUGGAUUUCAGGAUGAAUUGCGGCAACGCAAACCGCAUUGCAAUUCCGCAAGCGAAGCUCAGCAAUCAGCGAUGCCUCAUCACAUCUUUCGUCAAUCUAGGACUCUCGAAUCCGAAUUUCGGAGAAGGAGUGUCAGUAGAGAGACCAGUACAGUUAACCAUGGAGCCGAUUGUGAUAAGAGUCAUUGAUGAUCCUAGAGGCGGCUGGAGUAUCCAUGGAAACUUGCCACAUGCAGCUUGGGAUGCUUUGGAGACAAACAUGGAGCGAGAAAUGGAAGACCCUGGUGGCAAGUCUCAGCGGAAAGUGAUCGAUACUGGCGUGAAAGUGGUUUAG